ACCUAGUAUCUGUUAAAUUUAGGUACCUUUGUGUAAUUUAAUUGGCCUUAGUCAUUAGGGUUUAGCGUGGCCUCUAUAUAAAUAGAUAAUUGUACAGCUGCUUUGGUAACGUAAUAAGAUUGACUUUGGAGGGUUUCGACUCUCCCGUGGACUAGUCCUGACACUCAGGGAAACCACGUUAAAUCAUGUGUUAUCGGUCUUGUUUUCUUUUGACAUGGUAUCAGAGCCACGUCGAUUCACGACUUGAUUUGUUUAUUUGAUUGGUGAUCUUGGCGCAGCAGGUUUAUUUGUCUAUUUGAUUGGUGAUCUUGGCGCAGCAGGUGGAACGCAGCAAGGCAGUAGUUGUGUGAGGGAAGGGAGUUGCAGCUGCGAGUCCUAGGGGUUGUUUUUUCACAAGACUUUUGCUUCUCACAAGGUUUGUUUUCUGCGCGGUUGGCGAUCACUAAUCCGGUUGGUCGUUGCGAGGAUGGAUUCGAAUAAGGCGGAUACAAUCGCAACUAAGUUCGAUGGGAGUAACUUUCCCUUGUGGGAGUUCCAAUUUCGGAACUACAUUGCUGGUAGGAAAUUGACAUCAGUGUUGAUGGGGGAAUUGAAGGCACCUGGUGUGGAUGCUACCCAACAACAGAAGGACGACUGGGCGGCUCUCAACGCUCAGGUUGUGACAGCUCUCCUUGGAUCGCUAGAUGUACCGACAGCACUGAGCCUCCGAAGAUUUGAAACGGCUCGUGAGAUGUGGAGGCAUAUUUGCGGUACGUACUCUCAGGCAAAUACCUCUCGUUUGUAUGAAUUGGAAUUGGAGAUGGCUGGACUUGCGCAAGGAGAUAGGAACGUGAGAGGUUAUUAUAAACAUUGUAUGCACAUAUGGACUGAGUACGACCUUGUUACGGCCUCGUUGCUGUCUGGGGAUGCUUCGGCCGAAAUUCAGAAGGAAAGAACACGAACUCGUGUCAUGCAAUUUUUGAUGAAGUUGAGGUCUGACUUUGAGCCUAUUCGAGCUUCGCUGAUCCAUCGAGGUGUUACCAAUCUUGAAGAAGUUGUGGCUGAGUUGAUUCGCGAAGAAACCAGGCUCAAAAGUCAAGCACAGAUCGAUCAUGGGCCAUCUGAAUCUGCCUUCGCUGUGGGACGAUCUGGUAACUCUACUCGUCCUCAAUUUGGUCAACAAAGUUCUGGUGAAGUCAUUUGUCACUUUUGUCAAGAAUCGGGCCAUGUUCAAAUUCAUUGCAAAAAACGUAACUAUUGUAACUAUUGCAAGAAGGACGGACAUAUUGUUCUAGAGUGUCCAACCUUGGGAAAGAGAGGAAAAAUUCGCUUCCCCAGUAAUAGUUCAGCUGGUGCUGGUCCCUCUGCUCCUCGAAGUGCAGCGCCACCGCGUGGAACAAAGGCAGCUUAUGUAGUGACACCUUCUCCAGCCACUAAUGGAACAUCAUCGCACAACAAUGGGGGGACUUCGUUAACUCCCGAACAGAUCCGAAAAAUGGUGCAAGAAGCUUUAAGCGAGGCGCUGAACUCCGCUUUUGCUACGGGCGUUACGCCGGGUAAGUAUCCUCGUUGGUUGAUUGAUUCAGCCGCGUUUAACCAUAUGACCUCUGCUCUCUCUACAUUUGAUAAGCUGCAGCCCGUUUCUCGUAUGAAUCUACGAGUAGCUAAUGGUGAUCAGGUGGCGGUUAAGGGUCGUGGCACUAUCUCAUCCUCCGCCAUUACCCUUCCGGAUACUUUAUAUGUUCCUGGUCUUCUUCCUAGUUUAGUUUCGGUUGGGCAGCUCACUGAGGAGGGUUGCAAUGUGACGUUUAAUUCGAAUGGUUGUGUGGUACAGGACAAGAGGACGGGGACGGUGGUAGGGAAAGGAAGUAAACAAGGACGCCUCUUUGUGCUGGAUGAUUUGAAGGGAGCUGCUGGUGCGUUUGGGAAUGAAGAAUUAGAGGACAGGAAGGAACGUGUGCAUGGGCUGCAUGCACAUGUGGGGAGUUCGGCGGCCGCAGUCACAAAAAUGGAGUCCAGCGAGAGGAAGUUGUCUUUGGUUAAGAAGGAUUUUGUUGAAGAUUUAUCUGUUAAGUCAGUUGAUUUGAUUUCGAACAAGAAUAUUUCAGUUUGGGAUUUGUGGCAUUGUCGUUUGGGUCAUCCCAAUUCGGCUAGAUUGUUGACGAUGUUUAGACAGAACUUAUUGCCUGGGAAAUUUGAGCAUUCCGUGGGUUCUCAGUCAGAUUGUGUGAGUUGUAUUGAAGCGAAAGCUUCUCAGAACUCGUUUGAAUCAAGUGAGACGGUUUAUGCAGAGCCUUUUGACUUAGUUCAUACGGACCUAUGGGGUCCAUCGCCAGUCACGUCUCGUAUGGGAUAUCGUUACUUUGCCAAGUUUGUGGAUCACAAGACGAGGUAUGCAUGGAUUUAUAUUCUACGUCGGAAAUCAGAAUUGUAUUCGUUGGCUAAGGAAUUUGUUCAGCUGAUCAAAACACAAUUUGGAAAAACCAUUAAGACUAUUCGCUCAGACACAGGAGGGGAGUUUAUCAAGCAAGAGUUACUUGACUUCUACAAGUCCGAAGGCAUCUUGACCCAACUCUCGUGUCCCGGUGUCUCUCAGCAAAACGGCCUUGUAGAAAGGAAGCAUCGACAUGUCUUGGAGCUUACACGGGCCCUGCUAUUUCACUCGCAUGUGCCGAAUGGUUAUUGGGUUGAAGCAGUUCAUACCGUUAUCUAUCUUAUCAAUAGACAGAUCACUCCGACGUUGGGACAAAUUUCACCAUAUCAGAUGCUCUUCGAUCGUCCGCCUGAUUACUCUCGCUUGAGAGUUUUCGGCUGCACAUGCUUUGUUCUUCUUCCUCGGGCUGAACGUCACAAGCUCGCUCCGAAAACUGUUAGAUGUGUUUUCGUUGGUUACAGCGAAAAACAUAAAGGGUAUUGUUGUUACGAUCCGAUUGGUAAGCGGAUGCGCAUUGCAUACCAUGUGUUGUUUCUCGAGCAUGUCAUGUAUUAUCCCAUUACUCCUCAAGACAAGCGAUCACAUGCAUUAUCUUUGGAGUUUCUGAAUUUUGUGCCAGGCCUUGUGGACAUGACUACGUCGAGUGCGCAUGGGGGUCAGGGAGGGAAUUUGACUAAUGAUGAUGAUGACCCUCAUACUCCCUCGACAGCAGCUGGGAACUCAUCUCCGACGUCAAGUUCCUCGACGUCAAGCUCCUCGUUCGAAGGGGAAUCUCCUCCUCAUGCACAUAGUGGAACAGGUUCUAGCUCGUCCAACAACAGCACGAGGAGCUCCUCCUCCUCGUCAAACUCGUCAAGUUCCUCCUCUGGGUUGUUGAAAAAUGAUGAGAAUGGGCCAGAAAAUGAAAUGGAAAUGUCAAAUGGAGAAGGCUAUGAUCAAAAUAAUGGUACGGUUGUUCUUAGGCGCUCCAAUCGUAGCACUUUGGGUCAACCCCCCUUGAGAUUACAUGACUACGUGGGUUACGCUACUACACCAAUCUUUAUCCCAGCAACUUAUGCUCAAGCGGUGGGUCAUCCAGAAUGGGAAAUGGCAAUGCAGGAAGAAAGUAAUGCACUGGAUGCAAAUCACACGUGGGAGUUAGUUCCGAGAACUCCAGAGAUGUCAGUCAUCAGUAGCAAGUGGGUGUAUACAAUUAAGAUGAACCCUGACGAUACGAUCGAUAGAUUCAAGGCCAGGGUCGUGGCUAGGGGAUUCUUACAGGAGUAUGGAAUUGAUUAUAAUGAGACGUUUGCUCCAGUGGUUAAAAUGCAAACAGUUCGGUGUGUAUUUGCAGUUGCAGCAAUGCGAAACUGGCCGUUGUUUCAGCUGGACGUGAAGAACGCCUUUUUGCAUGGUGACUUGAAAGAAGUUAUUUAUAUGGAGAGACCGCCAGGAUAUACCAAGGGUUCAGCUGAUAUGGUAUGUAAACUAGUUCGUUCUCUCUACGGUCUCAAACAAGCACCUCGUGCCUGGUUUGAGAAAUUUCAUGGCGUUAUUGUGCAACUUGGAUUUGAGCAGAGCCAGAAUGACCCAUCAUUAUUUGUUCGGAAUACAGUUGAUGGGAUAGUGGUUCUAUUGAUUUAUGUUGAUGAUAUGAUAAUUACCGGGAGUGAUUCAGAUGGUAUUCAGGAGUUGAAAAAGUCGCUUCAUGGGGCUUUCAAACUUAAGGAUCUUGGUGAUGUGUCAUACUUCUUGGGCUUGGAGGUCCAGAGAUCUUCGCAGGGAGUUUUCGUGUCACAGAAGAAAUACAUGGCAGAUUUACUUGAGACGGCACACUACACAGACUGCAAACCAGUUUCAACCCCAAUGGAGCAGAAUCUCAAGCUAACUAGGGACAGUGGAGAUUUAAUGGAGGAUCAGUCCCUAUACCGCAGCUUAGUAGGAAGCUUGAUUUAUUUAACUCACACUAGACCCGACAUUUCUUAUGCUGUGCAGGUAGUGAGUCAAUUUUUGGGAGUUGCACGUAGUCAGCACCUGGAUGCGGUUCAUCGAAUCCUGCGAUACCUCAAGCAUACGCAGGACGUUGGCCUAUUCUUCCCUUCGGCUGGUGAGGAAGUAAUAGAAGCCUUUGCAGAUGCCGACUACGCAGGAUGUCCGGACACACGAAGAUCGACAUCAGGCUGGUGCGUCAGAGUAGGAAGAUCACUUGUAUCUUGGCGGUGUAAGAAACAAGAUCGAGUUUCUAAGUCAUCAACAGAAGCAGAGUAUCGUUCGAUGUCAGAUGUUAGUUCUGAACUGGUUUGGCUGCAGCGAUUACUGAAGGAGUUGGGAGUUAAUUGCAGAGUUCCUAUGCAUUUAUACGGUGAUAAUACAAGUGCAAUCCAGAUUGCUCUCAACCCAGUCUUACAUGAUCGCACAAAGCAUAUAGAGGUCCAUGUUCACUACAUUAGACAGCUGGUGACAGAGGGGAGAAUACAGUUGAGUUAUCUGUCAACAGAAGAUCAGCCCGCAAACAUUUUGACUAAGGCUUUAGCUUCCAGCAGACAUUGGUACCUAUCAGCCAAAUUGAUGUUGCGCACCCAACAUCAAUUUGAGGGAGGGUGUUAAAUUUAGGUUACCUUUGUGUAAUUUAAUUAGCCUUAGUCAUUAGGGUUUAGCGUGGCCUCUAUAUAAAUAGAUAAUUGUACAGCUGCUUUGGUAACGUAAUAAGAUUGACUUUGGAGGGUUUCGACUCUCCCGUGGACUAGUCCUGACACUCAGGGAAACCACGUUAAAUCCUGUGUUAUCGGUCUUGUUUUCAAAACCCAGAAGUCUCCCUGAUCUUCUAACUGGCUUUUCUCUUAACUAAAGCUCACACAAGCUACAUGCUGCUCUCUUGGUUUUGUUUGCCUCGAAAAGUCUGUCUCUUCUUAUCGUUCAAGGCGCUAUAUAUACUGACCUUCUAUAGAUAGUCGUUUGAAAGGAACGUUGGACUUUCCUUCUUUGUUUCUUCUUGUAUUCGCCACCUUCCAUCUUCGUGGCCAAUCAACCGAUUCUGAGAAU